AUGGCGACCGAAUUGUACCAGCAAGCGAACGACAUCGACGGUCUCUUCGAUGAUGAUGAAGUGAUGGGAGAUUCGGCAGCGGCCUCGCCAUUCGACCAAAGUUUCAACUUGCCCGCCGAAGCCAACGAUGAAUUGAGUGCCCUGUUGAAUGAAGGCGGUGGUGGAGAGGGUCUGAAUUUGAAUGAACUGAAUGAAAGAGAGCUGGAACAAGGAGAAAAAGCAGAUGAUGCGGUUGACUACGAGGAUAUUGGGGAUGAUGAAUCUUUGCCGGAUGAGGAGCCGACCAAGAAGACUCAGGUUGAGAUCGGUACCGACUUGCUGCCUGGUAUUGAGGACAGCGUAUUGGAUGGUUUAGAUGAUGACGAUUUAUUUGGACCAUCUAGUCCAAUUUUGACGGCCCAUGAGCCACAGCCAGUGGUGGCGCCGUCAAAACCGGUUGACAGGCCUCUCCGCGAUGUUGAUCAAGAGUCGGACCUCGCGUCGGAGCAUGAAGGUGAUGCCACCCGGGACAUAUCAAUGCUUCAGCCGGAAUUGGAUGAGAUCGAAGAUGCCCAAUGGCGAACGCAAUUGGCGUUGUUUGCUCAGUCCGGCAAAGGCUACAUUCCUACCACGGCUGAAGAAAAUAUCGAAGAGUGGUUGAAGCUUGAAUUCCCUCAUUUCAAGCGUGACGAGACACCUUUUUUCAACAAGCUCUUCCCACCGAGACCGCACAAAUGGCAGGGGAAGACGCCGCUGAAGCCUCCCAGGCCAGUCCGGCCAGCCAAAGUCAAUUUGGAGAUUGAGCAAGACCAAAAGACCGCAUUCAACUCCGUGGUUGCCGUUGCUACGCCCGAGAUCACAACCGAUCUUGUCAAGGCUCAAGAGCUCACCACCGUUGAGAAGGUUGAAGAAUCUUCAGACGAGUCGGAUCUUGACGAACCUCUUCCUGGUGGUCUGACCAUGCGCGAUUUGGAAUUUGUGUGCACCGACUUCGAUACCCUGUCCCAUCUCGCACCCUCAGAUACAGAAGUGAUUGAAGUCAACCCUCGUGUCGUCGACAGCGAUGAUGAGAUGUUUGGUUUCGAUGACUUUGACGAAUUCGAACAGCCCCGGAAGAAGCGUCGUCUAGGCCUGCAUCCUCACGAAAUCGUCUCAAUUCAUCAGCUGGAAGUUCCUUCGUUGGACGAUCCUGAAAGACAAACGGCGAAAAUCGCCCGAAAGGUCGUUCUAGAUUUGAAUGAUUCAGGCUUACUCGUGGAGGAGGUGGACCCAGAGGCUGUCAAAGCCAAGGUCCGGCCAGGAGAGAAGACCAUCGCCGUUAAAACUCUGAAAGAUCGCCUUCAAACCCGGUUCAAGACUUCUAAUGAUGCCGAGUACGACCUCCUGAAACAGAACCACAAGGUCCGAGGACAGCUCACCAAUUUGAAUAUUGAGCAUUCGCUACCAGCUAUACGUCUUCAGUACCCAUACUACCAAGUCAGACUCUCUCUGCAGGAGCUCAGAAAUUAUCACCGGAGGAAGAUGAAUUUCAAGUACCCCAUCACGUUCUCUCAGCCAGCGAAGAUCAAGAGAAAACACCUGAAAAAACUCAAGACGGACGAAAUAUAUGUCCACACCAAGGACCUCUCUCUGGCCGACAACUCGUCCACAUUGCUUCUCGAGUACUCCGAAGAACACCCUUUGAUGUUAUCUCAGACUGGCAUGGGCAGUAAGAUCGUCAAUUAUUACCGGAGGAAAACCAAAGAAGAAACUUCCAGACCGAAGAGCGAAAUUGGUGAAACGUCCGUUUUGCUACCGGAAGACAAAUCCCCCUUCUAUAUCUUCGGUCAUAUUGAACCCGGUGAGACCAUCUCCGCGGUGUAUAAUUCGAUGUACAGGGCGCCCAUUUUCCCCCAGGAUGCCAAUUCCCACGACUUCUUGGUAAUCAGAGAAUCCACUGGCCUCGGCGGACAAUCUCACUAUCUCCGCAAUCUCGACAAUGUUUAUGUUGUGGGACAGGAACUUCCCUCCACCGCCAUUCCAGGGACUCAUUCUCGCAUGGUGACCACCGCGGCAAAGAAUCGACUGAAGGCAAUUUCUUACCGCAUCGCUCGGAAGAAGAAGAGCCAUCGCAUCCGUGUAGAAGAGGUCACCAAACAUUUCCCCGACACAACCGAUAUGCAAAACCGACAGAAAAUGAAAGAAUUCAUGGUAUUCAACAAAGAACACAAAGAGUGGGAAAUGAAACCUGGGGAAGAAGUGCCAAAGGAAGACAUCAUUCAAAAUCUCAUCCGACCGGAAGACAUCUGCCUUCUGGAAUCGAUGCAAGUCGGAGCGCAAUAUCUGCAAGAUGCGGGUUACGCCGACAACGAUGACGAAGAUGACACCAAGGACAAAGAAAACGACAACGAUAGUGUCGAGCAGCAAUUGGCACCCUGGAGAACCACCAAAAACUUUCUUCAAGCGACUCAAGGCAAGGCAAUGCUCAAGUUGUACGGGGAAGGUGAUCCUUCCGGCCGAGGUGAGGCAUUUUCGUUCAUCAAAACCAGCAUGAAAGGUGGCUUCAGACCCAUUGGCGGCUCCGCUCAAGAUGCCAUUGCUCUGAAGAAAGAAUUGGGCGGCCAUAGCUACAACGUCGCCCGCCAGCAAAAGUCCUACGAGGAGUCUAUCCGCGGUAUCUGGGAUAAACAGAAAGCGAGUCUGAGCUCCAAAAUUGAACCGUCAGAUCUGGACAUGGAUGGCGAUGUUGAUGCCCAAGAAGACAAAUAUCCCGACCGAUCCCAUGUCCGAUCAACGCCCAUGUCGGGAACUCACACACCGGUAACAUCCCGACGUCGGGAUGAUGAGACAACCACGUCAUUUAGCCGACGCAGUGUCAAUAGCCAAAGCCAGAGAGCCUUGAGAAUUGUUCGCACCGUCGUGAGAGAUGGUGAAAAAGUCCAACAAGAGCAUUACGAAACCGAUCCAGCAGUCAUCAAGCAAUACAUGAGGAUCAAGGAAAUGGAAGAAGCUCAAUCUACAAGCUUGAAUGACAUCGUGCCUACCGGCGAUGCCGAAUACGAUGCUCAGUUCGCUAACAUUCACAUCAGACUUGAAGAAGAACUGGCGAAACUCGAGAAAAACGUCGCCCGCAGGAAACAACGCAACAAGAACAAAGCUGCCGCAGCUGCGACUUCACCGGGCGGCACCGCCCUGUCACCUGACGCCGAUGGUGGUGGCAAGAACACCCAACCGACGCAGCGGAAGUGUGCCAAUUGUGGUCAAGUCGGCCACAUCAAAACCAACAAAAAGUCAGUCAACUGUCGUAAUUGCUAUCUCCCCAUUGAUCGCAAGGUUGUGUCCUCAUUCAUGGACGCGCUGAGUUUUUGA